AUGGCGUCGUCCUCAUUACCGCGAUCUGGCCAGGUGGACCUGUCCAAGAAACUGUCAGAGUUGCGGUCAAGCAACGGUCGCCGAUCGCACACUGCCUCUGCCCGAGACCCAACCCCGACCACGCCUGCUCUGCCUUCGCCGCCUGACCUCGCCGCCCACCAAUACUCCCACCCCACCCGUCGCAUCCUAUCACCCAAGGACCAUGAGCUCUUCCUGUCGUCCCCUACAUACAAGCUAGUGCUUGCAUUUAUCUUCGGUCUAUCCGACUCCGUCCGUGGCCGAGCCACCACCGACCUUCAAAACAGCCCUAACUCCGACUCCAUCUCGAAGAUCACCUUAGUAGUGAGACAGCUACAAUUAUUACUGGAAAAGCAUCCGGCGAUUGACCAAGGAGGGUCACGAUUUGGCAAUCCUGCAUUCCGCGCCUUUUUCGACGAUGUCGCUGCGCAGAGCCCAGCAUGGCACAAAGAGAUCCUGGGACUGACGGACCCGGCAGCGAUUGACGAGGUGUCGACAUACCUGGUUCACUCAUUGGGUUCGCGGGACCGGCUAGAUUAUGGUUCGGGCCAUGAGCUGAAUUUCAUGAUGUGGCUCUUGGCCCUCUACCAGCUGGGCUUGCUGCCGGCCAGCGAGUUCCCGGCCGUGGUGUUCAAAGUUUAUAUCCAGUAUCUGCAUCUCAUGCGGGAGAUACAAUCCACAUAUUAUUUGGAACCGGCAGGAUCGCACGGUGUUUGGGGUCUCGACGACUACCACUUCCUGCCUUUCCUGUUCGGUGCCAGCCAGCUGGUGGACCAUCCGUACAUUACGCCUCUGGGGAUUCAUAACACCGCCAUGUUGGACGAGGAGGGUGACAAGUAUGUCUAUCUGGAUCAGGUGCGGUGGGUGGACAGUGUCAAGACGGUCAAGGGUUUGCGCUGGCACAGUCCUAUGCUGGACGACAUAUCUGGUGCGAAGAACUGGUUCAAGGUGGAGAGCGGCAUGAAGAAAAUGUUUGUUAAGGAGGUUCUGGGCAAGCUCCCCAUUAUGCAGCACUUCCUGUUCGGCAGUCUCUUGCCGGCUGCCGAGGGUAUGGGCGAGCGUUCUGCGGAUGGUGAUGCGGAUGAACAUGAUCAUGAUCAUGUCCAUGACCAUCCUCAUGGGCAUCAGAAUACCGAUUACUUCGGUGACUGCUGCGGCAUCAAGGUCCCCAGUACGAUCGCGGCCGGCGCAGAGAUGCGCAAGCGGAUGGGCGGGACGAAUCUACGCCCGAUCCCCUUUGAUUAA